UCGUUGUGCCGCAUUGCCCGUGCGCUGAGUGCCGCCUCGGACAUGAGUUACAUUCUGGAUAAUCUUUACAGCGCCACCGCCUACCGCAAGGUCCUGGGCGAGCCGCACAAGAAUGUCUCCAGGUCGGCCACCUCGCUGUCCUCCAGCGGUUUCCACUCCCAGUCCUGGUCCAGAGGCUCCAGCGUGUCUUCCCUUCGCAAGGGCGACAGCCUGGACUCCGUGAAUGGAGAGCCGCGCUUCAGGAACGAGAAGGAGAUGCUGCAGGCGCUCAAUGACCGCUUCGCAGGCUACAUCGACAAGGUCCGGCAACUGGAGAUGGACAACAGGAAGCUGGAAACAGAGGCGGCCGCCCUCCGGCAGAGCCAGGCCGGCAGGUCAGCCAUCGGGGAACUCUACGAGCGAGAGAUCGGUGACCUGCGUUCCAUCGUGGUGCAGCUGAGCGGCGAGAAGGCGCAAGUCCAGCUAGAGCAGGAGCAUCUGGAGGAGGACAUCGUGCACCUGAAGCAGAGGGUGGACGAUGAGACGCGGGUGCGCGAGGAGCUGGAGGCGGCCGUGCGGGCGCUGAGCCGCUACCUCGACGAGUCGUCGCUGGCCAGGAUGGAGCUGGACAAGAAGCUGCAGUCCCUGCAGGACGAGGCAGCUUUCCUCAAGAAGAACCACCAGGAAGAGGUCGAGGAACUGCUGUCCCAGAUUCAGGGCUCGCAGGUCACCUUGGAGGUGAGGGACACCCUCAAGUCGGACAUAACCAGCGCCCUGCGGGAGAUCCGCUCGCAGUUCGAGGGGUACAACAGCAAAAGCGCCCUGCAGGCGGAGGAGUGGUUUAAAGUGCGUCUGGACAAACUUUCCCAUGCCGCCCGCUCCAACAACGACGCCAUUCGUAAUGCACAGGAGGAGAUCUCCGAAUAUCGCCGACAGCUGCAGGCCCGCACCACCGAACUGGAGACCCUCAAAGGUACCCGCGACUCCCUGGAGAGGCAGCGCUCAGAGAUCGAGGACCGGCACAAUGGCGAUGUUUCAUCACUGCAGGAGACCAUCCAGCAACUCGACAACGAGCUGAAAAGCACCAAGUGGGAGAUGGCAGCCCAACUGCGGGACUAUCAGGACCUGCUCAAUGUCAAGAUGGCGCUGGAUAUUGAAAUUGCAGCUUACAGAAAACUGCUUGAAGGAGAGGAGACGCGCUUCAGCUCAGGCCUUGGGCCAUAUCCUUACAUCGAAGGCCACACAAAACGUCCAGGAGGCCCUCAACAUAUCAGGAUUAAAACCAACGACAAGACCAAAGCCUCAGAGAAAUCUGAGACGGUCAUCCUGGAGGAGCAGACAGAGGAGACACAGGUGACAGAAGAAGUGACCGAAGAAGGGGAUGAGGCAGAAGAUGAGGCACCAACACCGGAGGGCGAGAAAGAAGAGGAAGCACAGUCGCCGAGCAGGGAGAAAUCAGAGCUGGCCUCUCCAGCCGAGGAAGAGGAAUCCAAAUCACCGGGUGCCAAAUCCCCAGCCGCAGAAGAAGAGGCAAAAUCUCCGGUUGAGGAAGAAGAGGAGGCGGCAAAAUCUCCAGCUGAGGAAGAAGAGGAGGCAAAAUCUCCACCAGAAGAAGAAAAGGAGGCAAAAUCUCCGGCUGAAGAAGAAGAAGCCGCAAAAUCCCCAGGUGAAGAAGAGAAAGCAAAGACUCCUGAAGCCAAAUCCCCAACAGAAGAACAGGAGCCCAAAUCUCCAGUUGAGGAAGAGGAGUCUAAAUCUCCUGGAGGGAAAUCCCCUGUGAAAGAAAAGCCCAAAUCAACCUUACCAGCUAAAGACAAACUGAAGCUACCAGAGCCCAAAUCACCCACAAAAGAACAGGCAACCUCACCACAGCCCAAAUCUCCCGUGGCACCACAGGUGAAGUCCCCAGGAGAAAAACCCACAAAGCCGAAGGCAUCAGAAGAUGUGAAACCAAAGUCUCCAGAGCCAGCAGACACGGCAAAAAAACCAUCGGAGGAAAAAACUCCGGCAAAAGACAAAGCUGCCAAACCGACAUCUCCAGCUAAAGAGGAGUCCAAAUCUCCAGCAGCCAAGCCAUCUUCACCUGCUACAGAGGACAAACCCAAAGAGAAAGUGGAGAAGGUGGAGAAACCGAAGACUACAGAAGACGAGGACACAAAGAAAGGCAGCAAAACAACUGAUAAACCUCCCAAGGCCGAGGACGAAGCCAAACCAGAAACUAAGCAGCAAGAGAAAGACAAACCUGCACCCAAGAAAGACGAGAAAGAGAAGACUCCUGUGAAAAAGGAGGAGGGAGAGCCCAAAGUGUCAGAAAAGAAGGACACUGAGAAACCAGACAGUGAAGCCAAAAAGGGAACCAAGGAGCCCAUGAAGCCCACGCCGGAGGAUAAAGCCAAAGAAACUGAGAAAGUCAAGUCCAAGGAGGAGAAGAAGCCCGAAGCCAAGAAAGAAGAGAAAGUGGAAAAGAAAGAGGAGCCUGUGAAGGAAGACAAGAAAGAGCCCAAAGAGGAAAAGAUAGAGGAACCCAAGAAGGCAGAAAAGAAAGAUGAGGCCAAGAAGGAAGAAAAGAAGGCAGAGGAGCCCAAGGAGGCAGAAAAGAAGAAAGAGGAACCCAAAAAGGCAGAUAAAAAAGAGGAGCCCAAAAAAGUAGAGAAGAAGGAGGAGCCCAAGAAACAAGAAACAAAACAGGAACCAAAAAAAGCAGAAGCAAAGAAAGAGGAGCCCAAGGAGGAGCCCAAAAAAUUAGAAAAGAAGGAAGAGAAGAAAGCCCAACCCAAGGAAGAGGAGAAGAAGGCAGAGCCCAAGAAAGAGAAAGCACAAGCUGUGGCGGAGGACAAGAAGGAAGAGAAGAAGGAAGUGGUAAAGCCACCCAAAAAAGAAGCAAGUGACGUGGACACCCAGAAGGUGGAGAAAUCUUCAAGCACAGAUCAGAAGCCCACGGAGGAGAAAAGCAAAAAGUAGAGUGGAGGAGGAGUGUGGACGAGAGACACAGACAACGGGCAGACGGGUGGGGAAUAAAACACCAAAGACAAAUUCAAAAUGAUGGUAGGGUGGGGCGGGGAAAAUGAAAAGAAAAAAAAAGGAAGAGAGGAGGAAAAAAAAAAAAAAAAGAGGACAAAACGAGACAUGCUCACGCCUUUCCAAAGGGUGGGAAAAGCAAGCAAUAUUAUUUCUCUAGCAAAUAAUCCACGAUGGCCAAACUAUGUACUGAUAGCUUUCAUAUCCGACUGUAGUGAAUGCAGAAUGCUUUUAUUACACCCGAAUGUGUCUACUGCCCCAACAUCAAGUGCAUUUAUUAGCCGGUUCACACGGCCGGCUGGUGCCCUGGGCUAAUCCUAUGAGGGGAGGGAGAGUGGGGUACAUCACCGGAUUAAGGGAGGCCAGUGGGCGGCAGGAGUCACACACAUCAAGAGCGACCGUAACGCGCAGCUGCUUGUGCACCUCACACUGUUUUCUUCCCGACUGGUUUAUUAUGAGCAACAAUGCACUUUGUACGCCCGGCACAGCAAAGCAUCGAGCACUGGGCAACCUGCUAUGAAUAUGCAAUAAUAAAGAGUUAAAAUAGAGGAUGCUGAA